CUUUUUGGUAAUUCGAAGGAAGUAAUUAAGAUAAAUAAUAGUUAUUUGAUUAGUAAUUCUUCAUUAUGUAAGUUUAGCAGAGGAAAAUGUUUCGUAUUUGCAUCUUAUUGUACGGUCUUUCACUAACCGAAGCCUACACAGUCAAGGUCUCAGGUAAAGUGGAGCUGGGCAACAAACUGUCGAAGCUGUUCAAAGACUUGUACACACAACUAAUAGAGAGCGGAGUGGUCCCAGAACAUUCCCCGAUUAAUGAUGAAUCUGGACCUACAGAUGGCGUAACCAAAAAAAAUGUGGAAUUAUCGCAAGAAAGCACCGAAGAUACAGCGAAAGAUUUUGUCGAUAAAACUAGGCAAGACAAGAAACAAAAGAAGAAAAGAGAAAAACGUGUCGUAGAGGCCUCCACGUCUUCCUCUCGUGACCUCCCCUUACUGGAUAAAAUAAUGAAGAAUGAAUUAGAGAAACUCCACCUGUAUGGUUACCAUAAGUCCCCGGAUAAAGAGACAGAUGACCUCGGGAAGCCUUUGAAUAAUGUACACAUUUAAUAUCUGACAAUAAAUCGAUACUCAUAUAGGGUGUGUUUCUUUGAAUGUGCUG